AUGGAUCUUAACCCUUUAGGGUUUGGUGCCCAUACUAGUAACGGCUUGCACACCAGGAGUGCUCCACUUAAUUUAUCUUUUUUUUUUUUUUUUUAUAUAAUUUUUUUUAAUAUUGUUUGUACAGUGAAGAGAUUUUGUGAGCCCAAGAAGCAUCGAAGGUCAUGGCUUGUGUGGUUCUAUGACACCUCCAAACAGGGUCUGGGAGCUAUGAUUGUCCACUUUUGCAAUGUGUUUCUCUCAGAAGCUUUCAAAGGAGACCCAUGUACUUGGUACAUAAUUAGUUUUUUACUAGACUCCACACUAGGCUUGGUCAUCAUUUGGGCAGGAAUUAGGCUCAGUAUUUAUAUUGGUCAGAAGCAGGGAAUGCCCACCAUUAUCUUUGGAGAGUAUGGUCGUCCUCCAUCGGUGCGUGCUUGGGGUCACCAGUGUGCUUUGUAUGUGGGCAUUAUGGUUGUAGUGAAAGUGGUCAUCACAGGGCUGUUAGCUCUCCAGUUCUGGUCUAGUGUGAGAGAUCUCAUAUUGGCUCCCAUUACUGACCCACAAGUUCGAGUAGUCAUUGUCGUUCUAGUCAUUCCCUUUUUCAUUAAUGCUCUCAUCUUCUGGGUGACAGACAACUUCUUAAUGUUGAAGGUUAAACGCCCAGAAAGAGAUGAAGAGAGUGCUUUUCAGGAUGGCUCCUCUUCUACUUCUUCAAGAAUCUCUAAGGUUCGCUACAAGCGUCGUGAUGUGCAGCAUGAGGAUGAAUCCGACAUUCUCCUUUCUUUGUCUAAUGAUGAUGAACUAUUAGGCAAGCAUGAGAAUCUACAGGAAAGGCAUGUUGGGCGCACUAUUACAUAACAUAUUUUAGGAUUUUUUUUUAUUGAAGAUGCAUCUUCAGAAGUAUAUAAUUUUGCACUGAAUGUGAGAUAUAUAGUGGAAAGAUCGUUCAGGCAAAAGUACUCUAGGAAUUUUGAAAGUAAAUUCCUAUAAUAUAUUUACCAUGUUUAUGCAACUGAUGCAGAUAGUGUCUUAUCAUUAGUUUUAAAACCUUUUGGAACAUUUUUAUGGUUCCACUAUAUUAUAUUGAUUAUAAAAUAUUUUUGCAGUAUUAGAACGAUGUGUAUAGGUACCCUGUACUUUUUUUAUAGUUGAAUUUACAUUUUGCAAAACAAAGGCCCAGACUAAGUUGGUAGUACCUUACAUUGUUGGCUUUAUAUUGAUAAGGCCUUGUAAUAAAGGCUGAUGCCACCCCUCACUUACAAGGUGAUGCAGUAGUUUAAAGAUUCCUAGGCAUUCAUUAAUUCUUCCGCACUCCAGAAUUUUUGUUGGAGCAGAAUUUAGAGGUUCCUAAUGAAAAUUUGACUUCCAGUAUGUACAUGUAAUUAUAGGCCCUAUUUUUUUACUUUACAUUAUAAAUUUCAAUUAACGCUAAAAGCAAAAUUGUGUAGUCAUGUUGGCGUGAUCAUUAAUUUUAGUGCAUUAAUGGUGCUUUAUGGCAUUGACAUACUAGUGGAUUUGUCAAAAUGUAAAAACAUAUUUUUUAUGAAUACUACAAAUUUUCUAGAUACAGUAUAGUCCUCAUUCUAACACCUGGCAUUUGUGAUGCUUAAGACAGUGUUUUCAUUGAAAUUUUGCAUUAUAUAUGGGUGUUCAAAUAUAUAAUAGAAUUUCGAGGUUUUAGUACUUUAGGUCAAAAGGAAGUGUUUUAAGUCACUUAAUGUUAAUCAGAAUGUAUAUUUUAGUACUGAACUUCAUAUCAGUACUUGCCAUUGAAAUAUAUUUUUUCAACUGCAGUGUUUUAGCAUUUUCUAUCAAUGAACAUAUAAGUUCUUCCAUAAUUAUAUUAGAAAAUGUUAAGUUUUGUAAAUGCUUUUGUUGAGGAUAAUAUUUCAAAGAAUCUAAAUAAGAGAUUCUGAAUAGUUUUUAGAAACUAGGUAUCAAUGGCAUCUUGUUUAUACUGAUAAUAACAAAGUGCCCAUGAUCAUAAAUUUGUAUUCAUAAAAACUAUGUCAUUGUUGUCUCAGAUUUUACUUCAUUGCUCUUGGAUGGUGAUUUAAUAUUUAUUGUAUAAAAAGAGUUCCUAUUCAGAAUGUAAUUGUGGCAUUUAUCAACCAAAUUGUGGUUAAAAAAAGCUUACCACCAGUGCAAGUGUAGAAUUCUCUUAUUAAUUUGGGCAUUCACAUACAUAUGUGGUAAAGCUUUAACAAACAAAUUGAAGGACAGACUUUUAGAAAUGUUCAUAUUAGUAGAUUGAGUCAAGAUUCCUUCAAGUUUUUUUCCUCUACUCAUGCCAUUUUCCAUAUAGGAAGGGUGACCUUAAAAAAUACUAACUAUCACAGCUUAGCUGCCUUCCUAGGAGGGCAAAGGUGUUGUAGAGCAGUGCUGAACUUAAACUGCAAUGUUUGCACCUUGAGUGCAGCCACCAUUUCCCCUACUUAAAAAUUUCUAGCUGGUUUUCCCCAGAGUUCCUUUACAGAUACAUGGUUGCUUUUCUCAUAAUCCAUGCCAGAUUUUGUAGAUCACUCCCUUUGCUCCAGUUGAGAAAUUUUACAUGUUGAACAUUCAUAAUUAAUGAAUGUAACAAUUCAAAUGGAGUGAUGAUGCUUGAACUCUCUCUCUGGCAGUCUUAAAAAUAAACAAGCCUUAGCCAACAUUUGGCUAAUCUACCAGGUUAGUAAUUCUAUAAUUGCCAGACUUUAAGAUCAAACACCAUUAUUCCUUUUGAAAUGUUUAUUUAUACCUCCUGAAUAUCAAAAUACUCUAGCCACCUCUUUCACACACUAACUUGUUUAAAUUUAUGUUUAUUAACCCUUUGACUGUCGCAAGCCCCUUUCUGAAACUGUCAUUCUAUGUUGCAAAAUUUUUGGGGAAAAAAAAUUAUUUUUUCUUAUGAAAUGAUAGAGAAUCUUUUCCCAAUGGUAAUGACACCAAAAGUACGAAAUUUGGUCAAAAACUCACGGAAUUACGCUCCCACGAAGCUAGCGGUCUCGGCGACAUACGCAUCGCUGAUUUUGCCGACUUUGAGCCCUGUUUUUGGCCAAUUCCAUUGUUCCAGUUGACCAAACUCAUAGCUAUUUCUUUAGAGCUCCAUUUUUUUCUAUCAGUUGAGUACAAGAAACCGCCCAUUUACCUAUUUGAACUACCCAAUAAGGUUGCCAGAAAUUGGCAAUUUGGCCAAUUUCACGCAUAUUAAAAAAGAUGCCAAUUUCAAAAUUGGCAGAAUAAACAAUGUAGACAUUCUUGGCACUAAAAUAACAUAUCCUCUGUUCAUUAGCCACGUCUCUAGGCCCCUCAUAUAUUACUAUUGCUUUCUAUUUUGAUUUUUUAUUCAUACAAAAAAUACAAAAUUUACUGUUAUGCAGACUACUGCAUUAUUGUAAAAAUGGUAUAAAUAAUAUCAGUGCACUAGUGAAAGAAUAUUAGACUCCCCAGUCGACGUGUAUUGGAUGUGUGGUGUGAUUUGCUUACUCCUGAACAUUGGUAAAAAUCAAACAUUUCCACUAGUUUGAGCUCAAUUUCAUGGUCGUUUUCAUCGUGAAACUCAUCAAAAUCAUCUCUAUUUCUGUAAUAUGUUUUCCAUUUUAUCACACGAGACCAUGAAAACGAGAAUACAAUGAUUAAUACUAUACGAAAAUAUACCUCAAAGUUGGCGUUUUAAUCCCAAAAAACGGUCAGUUUUGUUUUUUCUCAUUAUAAACUGCGUGCUGCAGGAUUUUUUUUAUGUGGUGCACACUGACCACACAGACCCAUUCUCUCACAUGUAGGCCUACCAGCUUUCUCCUGCUUGAUUUGAAGCCGCUAGAAUUUACGCGCAUUAAUACGUCCGAAACACUGGCUCGUAAGACGUAUAUAUACGACCAGAACAGUCAGAGGGUUAAAUCUUCCUUUCUUUCAACACACCAGCCGUAUCCCACCGAGGCAGGAUGGCCCAAAAGGAAAAAUGAAAGUUUCUCCUUUUACAUUUAGUAAUAUAUACAGGAGAAAGGGUUACUAGCCCCUUGCUCCCGGCAUUUUAGUCGCCUCUCACAACAAGCAUGGCUUACAGAGGAAGAAUUCUGUUCCACUUCCCCAUGGAGGUAAGAGGAAAUAAACAAGAACAAGAACUAGAAAGAAAAUAGAAGAAAACCCAGAGGG